UCCAAUGCACUCUCCACCACAUCGAUUAGGGCAAGUCAGAACAUUGAUAGAAUACUUCCCGCGCAAUCGUCGUUCCUCGGCAAAGCUUGAGCAGGGCUGAGGGUGAGGAGGAGGAGAGGACUCUGCCUCCUGUCUCCGUUGAGGUCAUGCCUCCUCAGGCUACGAUAUCGAGCUCGGGCGCGAUGAUACCGCCAGCAGAUCCGGACCACCGGCCGGCAUCAUUGGCCGACAAGAAGCAUUAUCAGGAGCUGCAGCAGCAGGGAGGCCAGGAGGAGGAGGAAGUGCUUAUCGACAACAAGGGACGGCCGUACAACCUUGGUCCCAGGGGCUUCGUGCGAGAUCUCAACACGCGAGCGGUGAAGAUUGCACGCAGGGUUGCGCAACAGUCUCAGGAGCGAGCAGCAGCAGCAGCAGCGACAGCUGCAGCAGCAUUAUUGAGUACUGCCGACGGGGGGAUUGUCAUGAAAUCCACCAACACCGCAGCGGACUCGGCAGCCCUCGCCGCGGCCACAGCGGUGGCAGCCGACAAGAGCACGAGUGGCACCGUGCGCAGCCCCAUCGCGCAGGAGAUCCAGUUCGUCCUAGGCGGGCGCCUGCCGUUCGUGAAGCGCAUCGAGACUCUGGUCUGGGGUUACGUCUGCUUGUCCAUGUUCUUCCUGAUCCGUUACGGCAUUUUCGAGUGCGGCGUUGCUCCCACGGUGGGCGCCUUCGCGGUCAUGUACUUCGUGCUGGACUUCUACUCCGGGGUGCUGCACGUGGUCCUCGACGAUGAUUGGAACAUGAAGGUGCCGCUGCUGUCGCAGCCGGCCAUGGAGUUCCAGUACCACCACCACAUCCCAGACGACGGCUGCUCCCGCCCCUUCGUGGAGGGCAUGGGAGACCUCAACUUCAUUGUCGGCCUGCACUUGGCGCUCUUCACGGCGCUCUUCGUGAGAGGAGGGAGCCAGGACUUCAUGCUGCUCACGGCGGGGGGCUGGAAGAUGGUGCUGGCUUACUGGGGCAUCUGGAACCACCGCCAGGCUCACCAGCUGAAGAGCAAGCGGCCACGAUGGUGCACGUACCUGCAGAACAACGGGAUCAUGCUCUCGCCCGCAGCCCACAAGGUGCACCACACCCCUCCCCACGAUGACGAGUACUGCCUCCUCGGGGUCACCACCUGGCCGGUAACCUGGCUCGGACGCCGGAACCUGGGGUCGAUAUUUUGGAUCGCCCUGUUCUUGGGGCUUACCGCUCUCGACACGGUUUGCGCGUCAAGGCUGCUGUCGAUGGUGUUCGCGCGAUAAAGGCGUUCCGACGAUAUGAUUGGCUGCUGAGGCACGAGGGCGGGUGGCUCGAUGUCUUCAGCUGGGAAAUGGACGAAAGGGGUGGCGAUCCCGUUUGAGGAGGGGUUCGACGGUACAGCACAACUGAUGUUGGGCGGAAGAGAGGGUGGGACGCACAUGGACAGGAAGGGAAGGGACUGUGGUGCGACGCGAUGCGGCUGGCUGCUGUCGAGAAAGAACCGACGGGAGGGGCUGGCGUAGUGGUGCAAUUUUACGAUUGGCCGAAAACUAAACAGGGAAAAGCAGGGCAGGGAUGGAACGAAACGAAGAGGCGGUGAGGUGCGAUCGGUACGAAAGUCGCAGACCCACAGGGUGACCAAUAUUUUUUUGUGAUCCAUGGGUUCUUGAUGUCGCAUCUGUGUGUGUGUGUCUCUGCCCUGCAUGCUUUGGGUUGUUUGUUUCUUGUGUGCUUGCCUAGUGUCAUGUCGUGUGUAAGGCAUCUGUGGUGUGAUCGACAGCAGCGUGGCUUGGUUGAGACGUCGGAGGAGGUUAGCUCUUUGCUCGUCCUCUUGGAAAAGGUAGUUUCAAGGGAGAAGAGAGCGGCGUAGCGGACACACAUGCCGCAUCCUGUGCUGUGUCGGUAUCGGAGACACAGCCUCCUCGUGUGGCCCGUUUCCACUCGGGUCGUUUUGCUAGGGAAGGUGGCAACGGCGCGAGUGGACCUUAUCACGAUUCGUAAGUUUGUCUUACCAGUUUAGUAGAAACCGGCCCCAACUACUACACCGGUAAGCGUAUUAGCAGCGUGUACCGCUUUGCUUAGCUGCGCGAAACGUACCCGUUUGAUCUGGACAAGGCUUAGUGUGAUCGUUCGGUUUGGGGCUAGCGCACGGCAUGUGCACCAAUACCCCGGGGGCGUUUUGAUGGCGAGCUAGCUGUGGUCUAACAGAGAACAGACAAGGGCAGGGACGAGGGAGAGCCCCACUUGGGCGCGCAGACUCUGCUGAGUGGCGUAGAACUAGGAGUGAGAGUGCACCUCGUUGCCGCGUCUUUUUUUUUUUUGUGGCAAAGUUAAAGUUGGUUCUACACUGAAAGCGUACGUUUCCUUUAUCAUGUCUUUUAUCUCUCUUCGCGUUUGUCAAUCUCCCUUUACUUGUCUGUUUUUCGCACAGGAGUAUAGUAUUGUUCGCGGUCAGAAAUAGUGUUGGUGAUUCAGACCCGAACACGAAGGUAUGAGAUUUAGAUCAGAACCUUCAGAAGAAAAAAUGUGCCAGAAACGUUUGGCAGCAGUUUUGGUAGCCGACCCCCAGGAGCCGUUUUUUUUUCUCGAUAGUCGUCGAUGCCAGUCUUGCUCUCGCAAUUUAACCUUGAGGGUCGGAGAUACACAUAUUUUUGUGUCGGGCUGUUCCUCAACAUUAGUUUGCCAUUCGGCUAUGGUUUUAGUUCCGGCAUCGCCCAAGAAGACGUGCGUAGAACGGUCGAAGCCUAGCGUGCAACUUGUUUUAACGGGGGAAGAGAGGGUUAGUCGAUUUGUUGGAGUCGACACACUCACGAGGAUUGCUGCACAGACACUUCUCGACUUGGUCGAGCACGGAACAAUCCACGUGUUCCUCCACUGUCUUGGCCAGUGGGAUUUAGAGAAAACGCGGCAGUUUUUGCAUAUGCGGCGUCCCCGAAACGCAUCGUUUUUUUUUUCCGUCUUGCUCUUUUUCUUGCGCUUUUGUUUUUUAAUCAGAGCGAAACGGCCGCUUCCUCAUGUCGAGUAGAGGCGUACAGUUUGAGAAAAUGGUGGGUUUCGUAAUUAUACUACUGUGCCGGCCGUACCGUUGUGGGUUCAGGCAGAGGAUCGGGGAAAACGAAGAAAGGGUGUGGAGGGGUAGGGAGGAGUUGAAGUUACCACUAACGAAUGCGGUAUGCGCCCGGUCCUUUGUUAUGGAGAGGAAGAUUUUUUUUGAGAGUCAAUUUCUUGCCUAUAGCACAUUAUUCCUUGUCUCGUGUGUGGUGUGUUGUGCUCAUUCGUUCUGCUGAUUUGGCCCGCAUCUAUGUACCAAGAUUCCUCCCUUGGUGUGUGCCUCUGUCAAGGACAGAAGAAGAGGAGGUUCUAUUAUCUUACCAGAGCUCAAAACGAGUAUUAUUGAUGGCGAGACAAUGUGCGUUGGGUGUCCAAUCGUGAGCAUGGGUUCGGUGUAUUUCACCUUGUACUUGACAAGUGGUGGCGGCUGUGGGUAUUCUCCGCAGCAGCGGCUGUGAUGCAUCGCUGGUGGGUUGAAGAAAUGCGGGGAAAAAAUGGACCAAAAAACUAAAAACUUGAUUGAAUAAAUCUAGCGUUGGAUAAACUUCAAGAGAGGUCGAAAAAACGUUGGUGGCAGAGAAGAAGCACUCCCUUACCCGUGUGUUCUGCCGCAGGGGUUGCUAGCGUUGCUGAUGUCGUCGUCGUCGUCGUCACCACGACUCUGUAGGUUGGGUGGUCGGGGCCAGACGUAACGUCUCCCGGCGUGCUGUCAGUUGACAGGGGUCAUCAUCCUUUUCCGCGUCUGUCUACAUGAAUGUAGUCAGCUGCAAGGUUAACGAGUUCUGAGUGCAGCGACGCCUUUCUGUGACGGGGAU